AUGAACAGGAACAGAAAGAUGGGGGAGGCGUUUGAAUCAGCUAGAAGAAGACUAACUACAAAUUGACAAGAAAGAAUUGGGUAGUGAGGAUAUGUUGAAAGGUCAAUGAAGGUACUGGGAGAACAAGGGCUGGAAGGAUGAUCGCUGGAGACUCGGACUCCAGGUUAUCGGCGGAGCUUUUACUGACCCAACUUUAGCCCCGGAAAACUUUGAGCUUCACCUCCCCCGUCUUUCCCGUCACUCCGUCACUCCGUCAACCCUUCCGCCUUUCCCACUCUCAAGUUCACGGACAUCAACAGCAGGGAAAUUCUCGUGUUUAUUAUCACAGCCUUCGUGCAAGUUUAAGCCGGCAAUAUGGUCCAGUUCUCCGAAGAAACCAAGGAGCGUAUCUCCAAGGUCAUUGACGCCUCCAGAGUUGCCAUUCACUAUGGAUACCUGCCGUUGAUUGUUUAUCUCGGAUACACUUACAGUGAACCCAAGCCUUCUCUGUUCAAGCUGUUCUCGCCGCUCGCCUAGAGGAAUGAGUUGCUUCAGAAUACGGAAACGAUGAAUGUCCAUCCACCAGACACAUGCAACGCCUGAAAUCUCCCUCUGCAGUUUAGACAGACAAAUAAGACUGCCUGUCGGAAUACUAGCGGAUUCUGAGAAACCUCUUUCAUCUCAACCCCUCGGGUCGAUGUUGACAACUGGAAGUCUACAUCGAUGCGCAUGUACUUUUAAACUACGAUCAGUUUUCAUGCUUUGUAUUGGUUAACGCGAAUGUUUUAAUUUCAUAUACAGGUCCAGGGCAGGACCGAGGAUACAUGCAAAGGGUUUCCGGAAGACUACAUUAAUAAAGACUUGCGUAAGCUCAACUGAUGCACUUUGAA